AUGGACUUGGCCGGAAAGUGUCUUUGCUGGGUUGAAAACUCGGACCCGCUGACUCGGACCGUGUUCUCGGCAGGAGGGAGCGCGCGCGGCGAGAAGGACGCGGCUCCGUCCCGCGGCCGCGGAGUCUGCAAGUGGUUCAACCUGCGCAUGGGCUUCGGCUUCCUGUCGAUGAGCAGCGCGGACGGAGCCUCCGUGGAGCCGCCGGUCGACGUCUUCGUCCACCAGAGUAAACUGCACAUGGAGGGCUUCCGCAGCCUCAGAGAGGGGGAGGCCGUGGAGUUCAGCUUCACGAGAUCGUCCAAGGGGCUGGAGUCGGUGGUGGUCACCGGGCCCAACGGAGCGCCGUGUCUGGGCAGCGAGAGGAGAGCGAGGGGCGGCCAGAGACGCCGACCCAAGGGGGACAGAUGCUAUAACUGUGGGGGACCUGGCCACCAUGCCAAAGAAUGUCAGCUGCCUCCUCAGCCCAAAAGAUGCCAUUUCUGCCAGAGUGUGUCCCACAUGGUUGCCAACUGUCCAGGCAAAGUGCAGCAGCAGCAGCAGCAGCAGCAGCAGCAGCAGCAGCAGCAGCAGCAGCAGCAGCAGCAGCAGCAGCAGCAGCAGCAGCAGCGUCCGGGCUCACAGGCCGAAGACGAUCACAGCCUGAAACCUAAGAGUGAAUGAUUAUGUGUUUAUGUGAGUGAUAUGAAUAUGUGAGAUUUUUUACACUGUGUAUAGAAAAAGGGUUUAAUUCACUAGGUGGCAGGAAGGCGAGUACUGAUGGCAUGACUGAUUUAUUUUGCCUAAAUUUAUAUUUGAAUAAGUAAUUUGUCUCUGGAAUUUAACAAUCAGCCAUGUUGCAGCCACUGAUCACUGCAACAUAAAACAUAGCUUAAAUCUAAAACGACCAGUUCAGGCCCUUAAAAACAUGAAGGUUGAUCAAACCUUCGUGUCUGGUCUCAGACAAAAGUGAGUGAUUUUAAGAUAAAUAAGUGAAAAGUGAAUGUUACAGUACAAGUGCCAUUACCUCUGUUCUCUUGUUGGGGUUGAUGAAAGCUACCAUACACUGCUGCCAGGCAAAAUCGUUUAAUAUAAACCAGUAUAAAAUAGAUCUACGUUUUCCACUAGUAGUGAAAAAAAAGGAAGCAGAGCUGUUUCAUUAUUAGACUUUAUGCAAGAACAUUAUUGACUGUAUGACCAGAAUUGUCUGCAAAGCGGUAUUAACCCAGAAUGAAUGUUUCUGCGCAUAUAUCAGGGACUGUUCAUGUAAGUAUUUUGCUGUAAUUAUACUUGAAAUUUAGCUGGGGAGGGCGUUGAAAAGGUAUGUAUUUGUUGGAGCGUUAGGGCAGGGUGGGUUCUGUAAGGGUUAUCUCUCUAGUGCAGGACUGAACACCAGAGCAGGUUCAGUUUCUAUUAAGAAAUAUCUUCAGAAACAGGCUUGACUUACUGUUAAAAGUAUUUUGCAGUAUAAUACCUUAUACAAGUACAACCUUUUCUCUGCACUGCAAUGUGAAAAGGUUACAUUUUUUCUGGGCGUGUAAAUUGCUUUGAUAGCGCAAUCAUUUAAUUUAUUGAGCGUCACCGUGAACUCAGGUAGAGAUUUUUGAAGGACGUGUCUGAAUGUUUAAGGUAAUGUUUAUUGUCUAAGGUUGCUGGAAGACCCACGGCAUUGACGAACCGUGCUAUAGAUUGCAUUUGUCCAUCUUUUCUGUUGUACUUUAUAUUUAAUCUUAAACAUGAAAUAUGCCAAUAUGGCAAUAUUUACUUUUAACACUCAACAUGAUCCUACAGCUAUCGAUUUACGUUCUCUAUUAACACAAAAAAUAUUUAUGUUGUUUUUAAACUGUGUAUUUUUAUAGUAUUAAUAUAUUGUGAAUGACAUGAUAAUUUUUAGAAUAAUAGAUUGAUUGAUGUGAAAGGGGACUGAGGACAAAGGAUGCCUAAAAGCAUCUGUAUUGAUCAUCAUUAAGCAUUAUUACAUUAGUGCUGGCUGUGCUGCCGCUCAGUGGCUCCUAUCUGUUAUGUAAGAUACCAGGUCAAGUCCUGAAUGCUUUUGUUUGUUGUUGUUUGAAUUUAUCACGUGUGAACAGGAAGUUUUCUUGUUCAAAAUCUAUACAAGUCUACCUCAGGUGUGGUUUUGGUUUUGAUAUGGACAGCUUGAUAUUAGCGUGCCUCAAAACCAUUUUUGAAAGUGUAUUUGCUGUAUAUAAUUGAAUUAAUGUUGUGUUUUUAAUUAUUUAUAUUUUUUUACAGUUUGUUUUCAGUGUGACGUGUGCUACCUCAAAAAAUGUAUUCAUUAUUGCUGCUGAUUCCGAUCCAACACAAAAGUGAAACCUUUUAGUCAGGACUACAGGUUUUUCCUGUAUAGUUGUGAUGUUGUCCUUCAUACUUCAAAGUGUAUUUUUUACUUAGUCGCCCUUUUCUGUGGUUAUGCCGCUGCAGGCAAAGCAUGUUUGGAUUAGGCUGUUAGAUGUUGACCUUUUGUUCACCUUAAACCCUUAAGGUGAACAUUUAGUUCAGGGUCAGUGUUUUGUUAAAUACACUGUAGCCUUAUUUUACUCUGAUUAUCUGAAGGCAAACGAAGUAGAUUAUGCUGCAAAAUAACAAUAUAUUAAACUUCUUUUUUU